AUGGCGACUAGUAGCGAUAGCGUUGAACUCGAAUUUUGGCACAAAAAUAUAACAAAAAUACCCAAAGUUACAAACUCUUUUGUUGAGGAUUUUGCUGAGAAGAACCUACCGAUCAAAGCCACUGUAACAAGAGGAUAUAAAUUCUUUCACGAAGAAUAUAUUCACGAUAUUGAAGGUGAGCCUCGUUGACCUCGUGGUAGCUUUCUUUGUUUGACUGUCUUUCCAAUAUUUUGUUUCUGUGCUCAGUGUUUUGAGUUUUAACUCUUUUUUCUCGGUUUUUAACAGUAAAACUUUGCAAGGAAGAGGAUUCAGGAGUAGUGGCUCGGGCUAAAUGCUUCAGAAGUAUGAAAAAGAACGAAGAUCCUCACAAGUUGUCUGUUGUGUUCGAGAGCUCCUCUAUUGAGGCUAGCAUCAACAAGUAUAUGUGUAGUUGUGCUGCUGGACAAGGUCUUUGCCAUCAUGUUCUUGGAUUGCUCUAUACUCUUGCCCAUUUCCAGCUAUUAGGCUUAAAAAGUGUCCCGCCAAUGGUUUCUAAAACAUCAAAGGCACAGGUAAAAUUUAAUAAUAAUAAUAAUAGAUUUGAUGAUAAACAAUAAGAAAAAAACAGUCAUUAAUGUAUAGAGAUUUGACUGUAUCUUACCAAUAUUUUUCCUUAAAAACUCCUUUUAAUCACACUGCUGUUUUUAAACAUAACACAAUAAGCAAUUUUGAAUUCAUAUAGUAUAUUUGUAUAUUAUUUUUUUUUUGCAGAGAUGGCAUAUCCCCAGUCGUAAAGAGGGCAUUAAAGCAAGGCCAGUGACAGAUUUGAUUAUACAAAAGUCAAAGCCAAAAGAUAAAUUGCAUGAACCUAAAAAAGAAGAAAAGGUGUGUGGUGUGGCAAGCACGAUCUACAAACCCUUCCAGCAAUCAUUAAGUAGCCUUGACUUGACUAGUGUGCUGUCGCCACAGUUUGAAAAUCUCAACAAUCAACCUGGAUUUAUGAGAAUAUGGGAAGAUGAACAAAGUGAGCCUCCAAUUUUAGUAGACUCGGCCUUUGGAAAGGUGCCAAAAGGCUGUGUCAUAAGCUAUCAACAGCCAUUGAAAGUUAAGAGCAAUAUUAACAUACAGCUACCUGCAUUCAACUUUCCAUCUUUAAGCUAUCCAGAUACAGUGCUCAAUGAAAAACAAGACCUUUUCUUCAGCUCCCUUGCAAUAUCAGGUCAACAGUCUAUUGACUUUGAAAUGGAGACAAGGGAACAGUCAACUACAACAGCAUGGCAUGAACUAAGGAAGUUUAGGCUUACAGCUUCAAAUUUCAAAGAUAUAUGCUCAAGAAGAAAAGACCAUGAAAUCCUUUCUACGCGUUUACUAAAGGGAAAAGUAAUCCAAACUGCAGCCAUGAAAUAUGGGAUACAAAAUGAGGGGGUAGCUGCUGAUAUGUACAAAACACAGUUUGGCAGAGACACUCACCUAGUAGGUUUUCUUAUAAACCCAUGUCUCCCACACCCUAGGCUGUAGCCCAGACAGAAGAGUGUUUGACGACACUGAACAACAUCCAUGGGGCCUGAUAGAAAUAAAGUGCUCUCCAGCAAGUCAUCUGGAUAACCUUCAGUAUUUAAAGUUUAAUGAACGAAAUGGGUCAUAUUCAUUGAAGAAGACACACAAGUAUUAUUAUCAAGUUAUGGGAUGCCUUGGUUUAACAGGAAGUCAGUGGUGCGAUUUCUUUGUUUACUGCAAGGACGAAUUUCACUGUGAACGAGUAUAUUUUGAUGAACUUCUCUUUUCUGAAAUGCUGGACAAACUGAAUUUAUUUUUUUUUGAUUAUCACCUGAAUACAUGUGUUCAAUAAUUUAUUGUAUGUCUCUUAUACAAAAUAACUUCGUGCCUAAGUAACAAGCUAAUUGUGUGUGACAAAGUUUGGUGGGAAGUGGAGUAAAGACAUUUGAAUCAGCAUUCUUAAAAUGUUAAAAUGUAACAAGUCAAACCUAAUUAGACUCAGAACUUGUUCUAGUAAUUAUCAUUACACAGCUGUUUGCAGAAAUUAUUGCCACAACUUUAAAAACAUUGGGUUCAUGAUUGGUAAUUUAAUAGUUUUUGUAUUUUUUCCAAAAAUACAAUACUUAUGAUAAUUCAGUUUCAUUUAAGCCUAUAUGUCUGUAAUAUAUUGUAAGCGCCAUAAUUUUUACAAACAGCUGUACAUAUUUCAUUGUUUAUCAUGCAUUCAAAUACUGUGACUAAGUUGGGUGUAUUUCAAGC